CCUCCUGAUAAUCAAAAGCUUGGUUUAUUGGAAGCUUUAUUAAAGAUUGGUGAUUGGCAGCAUGCACAAAGUAUUAUGGAUCAGAUGCCUCCGUUCUAUGCUACUUCACACAAGCCUAUUGCAAUUGCCCUCUGCCAGCUUGUACAUGUGACAAUUGAACCUCUGUACCGCAGAGUUGGUGUACCUAAAGGAGCUAAAGGGUCGCCAAUUCCUUCUUUGCCAAACAAGAGAGCACCAAAACAAGCAGACAGCUUCGAGGAAUUGAGAAAGGAAGUGUUCAACAUGCUUUGUUACCUUGGUCCUCAUCUCUCCCAUGAUCCCAUUUUAUUUGCAAAAGUGGUGCGCCUUGGAAAAGCGUUUAUGAAAGAGUUCCAGUCUGACGGAAGCAAACAAGAAGAUAAAGAUAAAAUGGAGACGCUGUUCAGCUGUUUGUUGAGUAUUACCGAUCAGGUCUUACUGCCAUCUCUUUCUUUGAUGGACUGCAAUGCGUGCAUGUCUGAAGAGUUAUGGGGAAUGUUCAAAACUUUUCCAUACCAGUACCGGUACCGUCUUUAUGGACAGUGGAAGAAUGAAACAUACAACAGUCACCCGCUUCUCGUGAAAGUUAAAGCUCAAACCAUUGAUCGAGCCAAAUAUAUCAUGAAGCGUUUAACCAAGGAAAAUGUGAAACCCUCUGGAAGACAAAUUGGGAAGCUCAGCCACAGCAAUCCUACAAUUUUAUUUGAUUAUAUUUUAUCACAAAUACAAAAAUACGAUAACUUAAUAACUCCGGUUGUUGACUCACUGAAAUACCUCACUUCCCUGAACUACGAUGUCUUGGCAUACUGUAUCAUUGAAGCUCUGGCCAACCCCGAGAAGGAGAGAAUGAAGCAUGAUGAUACUACAAUCUCGAGCUGGCUGCAGAGUCUGGCUAGCUUUUGUGGGGCAGUUUUCCGAAAAUACCCGAUUGAACUUGCUGGCCUGCUUCAAUAUGUAGCCAACCAACUGAAAGCUGGGAAAAGCUUUGAUUUGCUUAUUUUAAAAGAGGUAGUACAGAAAAUGGCAGGGAUAGAAAUUACAGAAGAAAUGACAAUGGAACAAUUGGAAGCCAUGACUGGUGGAGAACAACUAAAAGCUGAGGGUGGAUACUUUGGUCAGAUCAGGAAUACAAAAAAGUCUUCUCAGAGACUGAAAGACGCGUUGUUGGACCAUGAUCUUGCCCUUCCACUGUGCCUGCUUAUGGCUCAACAGAGAAAUGGUGUGAUCUUUCAGGAAGGAGGGGAAAAACAUCUGAAGCUUGUGGGAAAACUGUAUGAUCAGUGCCAUGACACCCUGGUACAGUUUGGUGGGUUUUUAGCAUCCAAUCUAAGCACAGAGGAUUACAUUAAGCGAGUGCCUUCUAUUGACGUUCUCUGUAACGAGUUUCACACACCUCAUGAUGCUGCAUUUUUCCUCUCGAGGCCCAUGUAUGCACACCAUAUUUCAUCAAAGUAUGAUGAACUAAAAAAAGCUGAGAAAGGAAAUAAACAGCAGCACAAAGUUCACAAAUACAUUACAUCGUGUGAGCUGGUGAUGGCUCCAGUUCAUGAGGCUGUGAUUUCUCUGCACCUUCCCAAGGUUUGGGAUGACAUCAGUCCUCAGUUUUAUGCGACGUUCUGGUCCUUGACAAUGUAUGACCUUGCUGUCCCACACAGUAGCUAUGACAGAGAAGUCAAUAAACUUAAAGUCCAGAUGAAAGCCAUAGAUGACAAUCAGGAAAUGCCUCCAAAUAAAAAGAAAAAAGAAAAAGAGCGUUGCACAGCUCUUCAGGACAAGCUCCUUGAAGAGGAGAAGAAGCAGUUGGAGCAUGUGCAGAGGGUUCUACAGAGGCUGAAACUGGAGAAGGAUAACUGGCUUCUGGCAAAGUCUACCAAAAAUGAGACUAUCACAAAAUUUUUGCAGUUAUGUAUAUUUCCUCGAUGCAUUUUUUCGGCAAUAGAUGCAGUUUAUUGUGCUCACUUCGUAGAACUGGUCCAUCAGCAGAAAACACCCAACUUCUCCACACUUCUCUGCUACGACAGGGUUUUCUCUGAUAUUAUAUAUACAGUUGCAAGUUGCACUGAAAAUGAAGCUAGUAGAUAUGGCAGGUUUUUAUGCUGUAUGCUGGAGACUGUGACUAGAUGGCACAGUGACAGAGUCAUAUAUGAAAAGGAAUGUGGUAACUAUCCAGGCUUCCUAACUAUAUUACGGGCAACUGGAUUUGAUGGUGGAAAUAAGGCUGAUCAAUUGGAUUAUGAGAAUUUUAGACAUGUGGUACACAAAUGGCACUAUAAACUAACUAAGGCUUCUGUGCACUGCCUCGAAACAGGCGAAUAUACACAUAUCAGAAAUAUCCUGAUUGUGCUGACUAAAAUCCUUCCGUGGUAUCCAAAAGUGCUGAACCUGGGCCAAGCUUUGGAAAGAAGAGUACAUAAGAUAUGUCAGGAAGAGAAAGAGAAGAGACCUGAUCUAUAUGCAUUGGCUAUGGGCUAUUCUGGGCAGUUGAAAAGUAGGAAGCCUUUCAUGAUACCUGAAAAUGAAUUCCACCACAAAGACCCACCUGCUAGGAAUGCUGUAGCUACAACAGUACAGAAUGGGCCAGGUGGUGCUGCGAUGCCUGCAUCUCUCACAAUAAAUACAGUUAGACUGGAAGAAGGCACUACUGAGGAGACUGAUAAACUAAAGGAGAAGUCUCAGGGUGUGGUGAAAAUUAUCAAUAAAGCUGUCAGCGCUACACCGAAGGUGACAACAAGCAAUGGAAACAGUGCUUCUAAUAGCAAAAUUAUUAAAGAGAAAGAUGAUAAGGAAAAAAGUGGGAAGGAAAAAGAUAAAGAAAAAAAAGACAAGACUCCAGCUGCCACUCCAGAGAUGAAGGCACUUGGGAAGGAUGGGAAAGAUAAACCAAAGGAAGAACGGGCAAACAAAGAUGAUAAAGCAAGAGAGAUCAAGGAGAAAACACCAAAAUCUGAGAAAGAGAAGGAAAAAGUCAAGAAAGAAGAAAAAGCUUCAAAAGAAGAAAAAUCCAAGACCAUUGUUACCAUCAUUGAGUCAAAGUCAGCUGCAGAAAAGGAGAGAGAAAAGGAGCCGUCCAGAGAAAGAGAUGUAGCGAAGGAAAUGAAAUCCAAGGAAAAUGCUAAAGGAGGAGAAAAGAUGCCAGUAGCUGGGUCCUUGAAGUCACCUGUUCCCCGAUCAGAAACAUCAGAAUCAGAAAGGGAACUAAAACGCCGUAAAGUUGAUACACAUUCUUCUCCAUCACAUUCCUCAACAGUAAAGGACAACCUCAACGAACUCAAGGACUCUUCAGCAAAGCACUACAUUAACCACACUACUCCAGCAUUGUCCAAGAGUAAGGAAAGAGAAGUUGAGAAGAAAGACUUGGACAAGUCAAGGGAGAGAUCCAGAGAGAGAGAGAAGAAAGAUGAAAAGGACAGGAAAGAUCGAAAAAGGGAUCAUUCAAACAGUGACCGAGAGGUACCACAGGACUCAACUAAACGACGCAAAGAGGAAAAUGGGACAACUGGCUCUUCAAAACAUAGUAAAAGUGAAAGUCCUUCUGAUUCCCCUCGCUUAAAUGAAAAGGAAAAGGAGAAGAACAAGUCAAAAUCUUCAGGAAAAGAGAAAGGCGAUUCAAUUAAAGCAGAAAAGAUGGAGAAGAGCUCCUCUGGUAGCAAAAAGGAAUCAAGACAUGAUAAAGAAAAAACAGAAAAGAAAGAAAAACGAGACGGCACUGGAGGGAAAGAAGAAAAGAAACAUCAUAAAUCUUCAGACAAGCACAGAUAAUGAAGAUUGUUCCAGUCAAGGUGAGAUUGAAAUGGAAGAUAUCCAGCUGUGACCAGAAAUGUAUUUUCCAGAGUAUAGAUUGCACAGAAAUUUGUGAAUGAAGAGGACCCAUCUGCAUCUCCUUAAAUUAUUUAGUUCUCUGCUUUAUUUCCCCAUGCUGAGGAUUUAAUUGUUGAGUUGUACAUUACUGUAUUUUAACUUGUUGCUUAGUUUCUUACACAUUUAUUUUCAGUACCUGGCUGAAAGUGUUACCUAUUCCAUAUUUUAGCACAAUGUGCUGCAAACAAACAGUUGCCAUAGCGCAAAUGAGGUUUCACGUGUACAGAGUUCCACUUUAGGUUGUCAGAAAUACUGCCUGAGUUUAGUAGUUCUUUAAAUCUGAAAUGCAUUCUUUUAGAUGUUUGAAAACCACAAAUAAACAGUUAUUGAACCUUUUUGGAUUUACCUCAUUUAAACUCGGUUUUUAUUUAUUACUUGGCCUGUUUUUAAUAUCAAUGACUAAAAAAAAGAAGUCAAGUGGGAGCACUGUUUUCAUGCAAUGCUUAGGGAUUAUUUGUAUAUUGUGUACAACGUUGACUUGUUUAAAGAAACAAAGAACGAACCCUGCCCUUCCAUCCCCACCCAAACCUGUGCUCAGUUGUCCCUUGCCACACCUUUUGUUUGUCAUGUUGUUUUUAGAUUGAUUGGAAAUGCUCUCUUCAAAAGUGAAAUAAAUUUCAAUUACAGCUACAGAAGCUUUGUAUUGCUGAACUUUAGUCUGAGAAGUUUCACAAUGACAUUUUUAAAAAAAAAAAGAAAAAAAAAGAAUUUUUUUAUCUGCUGAAUUCUACCAGUGUAACCUUUUUUCUAAAUAAACAAUAGUUUUCUCAAUGGGUCGUAAA